AUGGUUAUUUCCAAUGUGUUUAAUGAGUUCCCAGAAAUAGAGAGAUUGGAAGGUUAUGUUGAUGUUGAAAAUAAAGCCUCAAAAAUGGUGCUGGAGAAGGCUGGUUUUCUGAAGGAAGGUAUGCUAAGGAAAUAUUUUGCUGUCAAGGUUUGCUACCAGGAUGAACUUGCUUUAGAAAAUGCCGAGGAAUUGAAGACGCUAAGAAAGGGGUAA